CUCACAGCGCCCAAGCGCCGCAACAACAACAUCAUCAAGCCUUCCCACUCUCCCACUUGCUCCUUCCCCCCUCUUUUUUGUUUGUGUUGUGUUGUGUUGUUGUGGUGGCGGUGUUUGCGCACCCUUGCGUGCCUCCUUCUCCCUCUGUCACUUUUUAUCGCUUUGGCUGUUGUUGAACGCGAAUCGCCCACGUGACACUGCUUCAUCAUGGGAACCUUGGAACGAGCACUGGACAUGGCGACGCAGCCAGACUCGUCCAACACGUCUGUGUAUUCGUUUUGUCAGGCGGUCAUGAGCGAGCCAGACGGGCCGCGCGACGCAGUGUACAUGCUGCUGGACAAGGUGCGCAGCCCGCGGGAGCCCGUUGCUCUUCGCACACUGGAGGUACUUGACAAGGCCGUGUACGAGUGCGGGCCCCCGUUCCAGGCCGUUGUGGGCAAGUUCAAGUUCCUCAAUGAGGUCAUCAAGAUGGUGUCGCCAAAGUACCAUGAGAACAGGACUGAGGCCGUGAUUGCCAUGCUGUGCCGGCUGCUGCAGAAGUGGGCGCUGACCAUCCCUACCCAGCCCAAGAUUAAAGAGGUGUACAAGAUGCUCAAGCAGCAGGGCAUCACCUUUCCCGAGGUGGAUGAAGAGACGAAGCGCCUCGCUGCGGAAAACACGCCCAAGACGCCCGAGCGGUUCUCGGACCGGCCGUCGCCGCUGGAGCAGGAGGACGAGCGCAAGGCCAAGCUGCUCGCACGCCUUCUCAAGAGCACAGACCCAAAUGACCUAACAAAGGCAAACAAGCUCAUCAAGAAGAUGGUGGCCCAGGAUGCCAAGCGACAGGAGCGAAUGGCAAGGACACAGCGUGAACUUCACACCAUGCAAGAGAACGUGCAGCUGUUGUCCGAGAUGCUUGCCAACUUUGAUUCAACACAAGGCAGCGUCGCCCAAGAUGAAGUCAUUCAGGAGCUGCUCACGACGUGCAAGGACAUGCGGCCAAAGCUCAUGAAGAUGGCCGGUGAAGUCUCGGAGAAAGACAACCUCCUUGGGGAGGUGCUGGCGCUGAACGACGACGUCGGGCGGGCGCUUGACCAGUACAACGCCAUGCUCUCCUCCUCCACGCAGGCUGCACCGCCAUCUACGUCGCACCAGCAGCAGCAGCUACAGCUACAGCAACAGCAACCGCAACAGCAGUCCGAUGACCUUGCUGACCUGUUUGGCAACACACCACAGCAACAGCAGCAGCAACAGCAGCAAGCAGCUCAGCCGCCGCAGACGCAACAGCAAGCGGGCAUGCCAUCGCUCUUCCCAGCAACACACGCCUCCCCCAUGUUCGGGUCACCCGCGCCCCAAUUCCAACAACACCAGCCACAGCAGCAGCAACAGCAAGCAUUCAUGUCGGCCCAGACCACGGCCAGCAGUGACAUGUUCCCUGUGCAGUUCCCCGCACAGCCGGCGCCAGCACCACAGCAGCCGCUGUUUGGCAUGCCGCCCGUGUCAGCACCAGCACCAGCAGCCACCACGGCCGCACCACCGCCACCCCAGCAGUCCCACCAGCACACCACCACCACCACCACCAACAGCAGCAGCCAUGCCGAUGACGAUGAUGAUGACAUCUUUGGGCUUGGGUCCCUCGGUCUGUCACCAACCACCACCACGACUGCAACAACGACAGCAGCAGCGCACGAGCCGAGCCUGUCCACGUCCUCUGACGUGGCGCCGCUGGACCUGCUGGGCGACACGAUGUCGCAGCCAUCGCCCCCACCACAGCAGCAACAGCACCAGCAACAGCAAGAGCAGCAAGAGUUGUCUGUACCGCAGGACGACAACACGCCGCCACCGGAUAUUGCGUCGCUCUCCUUUGAUGCACUGCAGGUGCAGCCGCAGGCAGGCGCUCCGCAAAGCAUCUACCAACGCGACAAAUUCACGGUGGAAGUUUGUCGGGUACGGGACACGACGCACUCGUCUGUGCAUGUGAUGCUGGUGACGUUCAACAACCUGGACGCUUCCACUCCCAUCACCAACAUCAACUUCCAGGCGGCCGUGCCCAAGACGCAACAAAUCAAGCUUCAGGCCCCGACGUCCACCACUUGUGAGCCUGCUGGCUUGGAUGGAACACCAGGCAAGGCCCACCAAGUCUUUAUCAUCUCCAACCCACAGAAGACGGCGCUCAAGCUUCGCUUCAAGCUGACCUUCAACGUGGGUGAGCAGGCCAUCUCCGACACGCGGGACGUCGCCUCCCUGCCAUCACAAGCGUGACGGUCGUGACCGCAACCAUCAACCACACGCCAAACCAAUGGCACACCAAGCGACCAGAACACGAAGCAAACAGAACACGAAGCGAAUGGCACUCCAAUGCCAAUGAGCAUCACACAGUCACACACAGACACACACACACACAGACACCCACACCCACACCCACACACACAGACACACACACACACACAGACACACACACACACACACA